AUAACAUGCAUGCGUGAUUUGUUCAUCUAUAUAUUAUGGUUUCAUUUUUAUUAUGUUGUAGUGGAAGGAAAAAGAAUACUAUUAAUAGAAAGAAAUGUGGCGAUUGAAGAUAGCAGACGAGGGUGGAAUAAGUAGUGAUGAGAGAUAUAUAUACAGCACGAACAACUUUGUAGGGAGGCAGAUAUGGGAGUUCGACCCCAACGCCGGCACUCCCGAGGACCGAGCGGAGGUCGAAGCUGCCCGCCUUAACUUCUACAACAAUCGCUUUCAGGUCAAGCCCAGCAGUGACCUCCUUUGGCGGAUGCAGUUCUUGAAAGAGAAAAACUUCAAACAAACAAUCCCUGGUAUUAAAGUUGAGGAUGAUGAGGCCAUCUCAUAUGAAAAGGCUACAAUUACUUUGAGGAGAGCUGUGCAUUUUCUUUCGGCCUUGCAAGCUAGUGAUGGACAUUGGCCAGCUGAAAAUACUGGCUUAUUAUUCUUCCUUCCUCCAUUGGUUAUGUGUCUUUAUAUUACGGGUCAUCUUAAUAUCACAUUCACUACUGAGCAUCGCAAAGAAAUGCUCCGCUACAUAUACUACCAUCAGAACAAAGAUGGUGGAUGGGGACUGCACAUAGAGGGCCACAGCACUAUGUUUGGCACAACUCUCAACUACAUUUGCAUGAGAAUACUAGGAGAAGGGCCAGAUGGUGGUCAAGACAAUGCUUGUGCCAGAGCCAGACAAUGGAUUCUUGACCAUGGUGGUGUAACAUAUAUACCCUCUUGGGGAAAGACUUGGCUUUCGAUACUUGGUCUUUUUGAUUGGACUGGAUGCAACCCCAUGCCUCCUGAAUUUUGGAUUCUCCCUUCUUUUCUUCCCAUGUGCCCAGCUAAAAUGUGGUGUUAUUCUCGAAUGGUGUAUAUGCCUAUGUCAUAUUUAUAUGGAAAAAGAUUUGUUGGUCCAAUCACACCUCUCAUUUUGCAAUUGAGAAUGGAACUUCAUACUCAACCUUAUGAUGAAAUAGAGUGGAAAAAAGUUCGCCAUUUUUGUGCCAAGGAGGAUCUAUAUUAUUCACAUCCUUGGGUUCAAGAUUUACUUUGGGAUAGUCUCUACAUAUGCACUGAGCCUCUUCUUACUCGUUGGCCCUUAAACAAAUUGAUUAGACAGUAUGCUCUUCAAGUAACAAUGAAUCACAUCCAUUAUGAAGAUGAGAAUAGUCGAUAUAUCACACUUUCAUGUAUAGAAAAGGUGUUAUGUAUGCUUGCUUGUUGGGUUGAAGAUCCAAAUGGAGACUAUUUCAAGAAACAUCUUGCUAGGAUCCCAGAUUUUAUGUGGGUUGCUGAAGAUGGAAUGAAAAUGCAGACUUUUGGUAGCCAAGGGUGGGAUACUAGUUUGGUCAUGCAAGCAUUGCUUGCUAGUAAUCUGGUUGAUGAAAUUGGACCAACACUUGCCAAAGGUCACGACUUCAUAAAAAAAUCUCAGGUUAAAGAUAACCCUUCUGGUAACUUCAAAAGCAUGUAUCGUCACAUUUCUAAAGGAUCGUGGACGUUUUCUGAUCAAGAUCAUGGAUGGCAAGUAUCUGAUUGCACUGCAGAAAGUUUGAAGUGUUGUCUUUUUCUCUCGCUGUUACCACCAAAAAUUGUUGGUGAGAAAAUUGAACUUGAGCGUCUUUGUGACUCUGUUAAUGUUUUGCUCUCUUUGCAGAGUAAGAAUGGUGGUUUAACAGCUUGGGAGCCAGCAAGUGGACAAGAGUGGUUGGAGAUAUUAAAUCCCACUGAAUUUGCUGCGGAUAUUGUGAUUGAGCAUGAGUACGUAGAAUGCACUUCUUCGGCAAUCCAAGCUCUUGUUUUGUUUAAGAAGUUAUAUCCAUCGCACAAGAAAUAUGAAAUUGAAAAUUUUAUAACAAAGGCUAUACAAUUCAUUGAGCACAUGCAACUUCCUAAUGGUUCAUGGUAUGGAAAUUGGGGAAUUUGCUUUACAUAUGGCUCAUGGUUUGCACUUAGAGCAUUGGCAGCUGUUGGCAAGACCUACAAUAAUAGUGAAACUGUUCGUAAGGCAGUUGAAUUUUUACUUCAAAAGCAGAAUAAGGAUGGUGGCUGGGGUGAAAGUUACAUUUCAUGCCCAAAUAAGGAAUAUGUAUCUAUUGAAAAAUGUGGAUCAAAUUUGGUACAAACUGCAUGGGCUAUGAUGGGUCUAAUUCAUGCAGGACAAGCAGAAAGAGAUCCAACCUCUCUUCACAAAGCUGCAAAAUUAAUAAUUAAUUCUCAAUUGGAUGAUGGUGAUUUUCCACAACAAGAAAUAAUAGGUGUUUCUAUAAAAAAUUGUAUGAUACAUUAUGCAAUGUAUAGAAACACUUACCCACUCUGGGCUCUUGCAGAAUAUCGUAAACGAGUUCUAUUAUGAUUUAAAAUGAUGAGAGCAAUUGAUGUACCUUUCGAUCAUAAUAUAU